ACAAAUGACAAUUCCCAUAAACAUGCGAUAAAAUUCUAAAAUAUUUUUUUGUGUAUGAAUCCAAUAUAUCGUAUUAUACAUAACAUCAAUGGUUAUCGCGUGCAUUUGAAAUCCAGAGUACAUUAUUUAUAUUUCCAACAUUGUCUCCGGUUGGAGGGCCAAAAAUAACAAUUUCCCAUUUAUGGAAAACGACCUGAAUGGCCGUGGGAGUACUCUGGAGCACCAAUGCGUCAUUGAUGAUGAAAAUCACCAUCUGACUCUACUCCCUCCAACACUGACCUGAACUGAUGGCCUUGAUGCCAGAGUUAAAAGACAGUAAAUAUUAACACGCACAGCAAUAAACACCAUUCCUCACUCUAACCACUAAGAACAAUAAUUUCAAUUAAAAAUUAAUCCCAAAUUGAAUGUCAAAUGAUAAAAAAUAAAGAGUUACUGCAGAAAUUCGUAUAACGGUUUUGAAAAUUAAUUUGUCACGUGGGAAUUUCAUGAUUCAAGUGUUUCAAGGAAACGUCUCUCGAGCAUGAAGGAUUCCAAGCAAUUUUGAAGGAAUUUUCCUCAUGAGCUGGAUAAUUAGACAAGUAAAUGAAAAACUGUAGCAAUGAGGUUACUAAUGAAUCGGGAAGAUUCCCCAGGUCGUCCCUACGACGACGACGCAGUGAUGAGUUACAUCGACGACGAGCUGGAGCUGUCGAAUCGAAGAUCAACGGAAAAUCGUCAAUCACUUCCACUCCUGGAGACAGACAACACCUUCAAUCCACCGCCGACAUACGGUCCAGAAGUAGACGACCUGGUGCCCCCAGGAAAGCCAGGAAUAGACGAGGGUCUUCUUCCCCCACGUCCCUUCACCCCUCAUCCCUCCAACGGCGCAAUACCCCAAGUACCAUUCGACGUCAAUGUCUAUCAGCAGAAGAAAACCCUCGCCCAGGGGAUGAUGGACCUGGCUCUCAUCUCCGCCAAUGCCAAUCAGCUGAGAUACGUCCUGGGCUCGAAGAAUCAUCCGUUCUAUCUAGCCUCCUUGGUGAUGAUUUGCAUGAGUCUUUCACUUCAAAUUGCCGUGGGAAUUGGAUUAAUCUGGAACAGCCGUUACGACGUCAAAGAGGAUGAUCAGGUGAUCAGGGCGAACAGGGCGAAUAAUUGGACUGUAAUCGGUGUUUUUCUCGUAACCAUUCUCAACGUUUUUAUAUCAUCAUUCGGAGUCAUCGAUCCACCGGAUGUCGUCACUAUUUCUCUGAAGAAUGCAAACGAUGAUGACAGCAUCGAACCGCUCAAUAGAAUAGGAUAUCUGAAUCAAUCUAUUUCAUAGUUGUUCAAUCCUUAAAAUAAAAUUGAUUGAUUAAUUAUA